AUGGCUUCGACAGGUCCUGGACACCGCGAUGCGGUUAACCCCGCCGGCGAUGGCUCGACAUCAGGCGACCAGAAAACGGACCCUUACAAGGACGUCGUCGAGGCCGAGAGAGCGCAAUCGCCCGAACUGCAGAAAAGCGGGCAGAACUAUGGGAAGAUAGACAAGGAGUUGGCCCAGUACGUCUCCGACACCCGCGUCGAGAUCUCGGAAGCCGAAGACAACCGGCUCCGUCGCCUCAUCGACAAACGAAUCCUUGCCAUCAUGAUCACGACCUACUUCCUUCAAGCGAUCGACAAGGGGACCAUGAGCUUCGCCUCUAUCAUGGGAAUCGUCGAGGACACCAACCUGCAUGACCAAGAAUCCGUCUGCCAGCCGGCAUUCGUCGUGCUCUCGUCGACGUGGUACAAGCGCGAGGAGCAGACCGCCCGCGUCACGUACUGGUACAUGAUGAACGGCGCGCAGCAGAUGGUGGGCGGGCUGCUGGCGUACUGCUUCUCGCUGAUCCUGCCCGGGGGCCCGUUGUUGUCGUGGCAGUGGCUGUUUUUGGCGUAUGGGGUGAUCUCGGUCAUCUAUGGCGCCUUUGUGGGCUGGUGGAUGCCUGACUCGCCGAUGCGGGCCAAGUGCUUUAGUGAGGAGGACAAGAAGCUCAUGAUUGAGCGCGUGCGGUCCAACCAGACGGGCGUGCAGAAUAAGGAGUGGAAGAAGCAUCAGGCUUGGGAGGGCAUCAAGGACCCGCAGGCGUGGGGGUAUGCGCUGAUCCAGCUGUGCACGACGCUGCCGACGAGUGGGCUGGGGAGUUUCCAGGGCAUUAUUAUCAAGAGUUUUGGGUUUACGACGCUGGAGACCCAGUUGUUGGCUAUGGUCCUGGGAGCGUACAUCAUCAUUGUGCUGCUGAGCUCGGCGUGGCUGGUCAAGAAGACGGGCCAGAACUUGUUGGUGAUGCUGGCGUUUGUGGUUCCGUGUAGGUCGUUCAUCGGGACCAUCUGUCUCAUGACGGUGCCCUUGGAAACGAUGGGGCAGAAGAUUGGCCUGGUGAUUUGCUACUACAUCACCCUUUCGUUCUGGUCCGCCCAGACGCUAGCCCUGUCCAUGGUCUCGCGCAACAUUGCCGGACAGACUAAGAAGAGUGUGGUUGUGGCGCUCAACUUUGUCAUCUGGUCCGCCGGCAACGCCAUUGGGCCCCAAGUGUUCCUCAAGUGGGACGAGCCCCGUUACUUCAUCGCAUUUGCCACGCACCUCGGCUGCUACAGCCUUCUCGUCAUCGUCAUCAUCUUUCUUCGGUUUUACCUGGUCCACCAGAACAAGAAGCGGGAUGCGUUGGCAGAGGCGACGUCAAGCGGGGAGGAUAGGCUGGCGCAUGCGUUCGAGGACUUGACGGACAAGGAGAACCCCAACUUCCGCUACGUGUACUAA